CCGGCGGCCCCUGGGCACCGCUGGCCCGCGCGAAGAAGGGCCGCCUGCCGUGUGUGGAGCUCCCUUGCGGAGCGCCAGUCCGUGCCAAGCCAAGCCAAGCCAAGCCCUGCUGCUGCCACCGCUAGCCCCCGGGGCUCCCCCGCGACGGGCCCGCAGCAGCCCUCCUGCUCCCGGGAUGAGCUGGGCGCGCUCCUCGGACAUGCUGGGCGAAAGGCUUGGCUUUAUUGCGGGGGAGACAACGCUAGACCAAAAUCUCAGCACAUGUCUGCCAGAAAGCCCUUUAAGAAGUGAGGGAUGCAAACAGGUGAGAAUUAUUCUCACGCCUUUAUCUGCCACCGGGGGAGAAGGACACUACAGGCAUCUGACCCAGAAGUGUUUGCUGGAGGAGUUUUCCAGUUGUGAAGAGUCUUCAGGUGAAGAACCGAAAGCCAAGAAGGCCUGUACCCGUUUGUCAGACCGGCAGACGAGGGCAGUGACCUGCAGCACAGAAUCCAGAAGACCUGCUUCAGUUGCAGCCACGGCCAGCAAUGAUUUGGAAGAGGAGGGGGAUUCUGAGAGUGAGACUCCCACUUUGGACAAUUAUUCCACACAGCUAUCAGCUUAUGAAAGGAAGAGACUAAAGAACAUCACAGAAAAUGCUAAAUUUUUUGCUUCUCUAAAGCUGUUUGAGUCUGCAGAAAGGCUUCGUAAAAUAACAACCAAAGGGCAGCCGCAUGGAAUAAGAACCAAACCUACGAAAACCGAAACGAAGCCGAUUUGCCGGCGAUCCAUGCGCCUGCAGAGAGUCGAUCCUCUGGGAGCUCCCCUGCCGGAGUUGCGCCCACAGCCAGAACCUUCCAUGGAAGAGCACCCCCGUUUGCCACCCGGACCUCUUCAGAUGAUACCUGCCGAUCGAGAUCAGGAAACGGAGCUAACUGAGGGAUUCCUCAAUCUGUGGGCCAGAAUAAGUCAGGAAACACUGAACAAGGCCGAGAAGCCGGUGGCCUGCAAUUUGGAGAGUUACAAAGCUAGUCUCCGUAGAAUGGUCCUCCGAGAAGAUGCUGUUGCAAAAGUGGUGAAAAACCGGAUUCACUCCGUGGCGAUCCAUCCUUCAGAAAGCAGAACGUUGGUGGCGGCCGGAGACAAGUGGGGGCAGAUGGGUCUUUGGAAUUUGGACUGCAAACUGGAAGAUGGGGUCCACGUCUUCGAGCUUCACAGCCAGGCAGUUAGCUGUAUGCAUUUUUCUCCAUUCAACCCUGCUCAUCUCCUGUCCCUGAGUCACGAUGGCACGUUAAGAUGUGGGGAUGUCACCAGAGCAGUUUUUGACGAGGUGUACAGGAAUGAGGAGUACAACCUGUCUUCGUUUGAUUUCUUGGCAAGCGAUGCUUCCACUCUGAUCGUGGGAAUGUGGGAUGGCGAGGUGGCUGUUGUGGACAGGAGGACGCCCGGCACUUCCGCGGAGCUCUCUGCAGACCUGAAUUCAAAGACAAGGACUGUCCACGUCCACCCAGUCAGCAGGCAUCAUUUCCUUGCUGCAGGGGCCGGGAAUGUCAAUAUUUACGAUGUUCGGCACCUGAAGCAGCAUGGAAGCAGUCCUGCCGUCUCUCUCGUAGGGCACACCAAGAGUGUUGCCUCAGCUUAUUUCUCACCUGUUACCGGCAACAGAGUGGUGACAACUUGUGCUGAUGAUAAGUUGAGGAUCUUUGGCACCAACUGCUUAUCAUCUCUCGCCCCGAUUCUCACAACCAUCAGGCACAACAACAACACAGGGCGCUGGCUGACCAGGUUCAGAGCUAUCUGGGACGCCAAACGGGAGGACUGCUUUGUGGUAGGGAGCAUGUCGCGGCCGAGACAGAUCGAAGUCUUCCACGCCUCUGGAGAGCUGGUGCAUUCCUUCCUCAGUGAAGACUACCUGGGUUCUGUCUGCUCCAUCAAUGCCUGGCACCCGACCAGGUACAUUGUGGUGGGUGGAAAUUCCAGUGGCCGUCUCCACGUCUUCAGAGAGUGAAAGGAGCUGGCUUGCUGCCUCUCCAGCUCAGAAGAGGAUGUGGCUUGCAUUUUUGUUUGUUUUAUCUUGGGACAAAGAUGUUUGUUUGGAAUAAAUGUAUUGCUUUGGAAAUACA